GCUCACCCCGUUGCGGGGAUUCAAAGCGCCGACCUUUUGAUCGGCAAGUCCUAGGUUCUGUGGUUUACACCAGAGCGCCACCCGUGUCCCUGUGGUGAGAAGAGAGCGAUAGGUAAAUGCUUCUAGGGGAAGGGAACGGUGCAAAAUCACCUGGCCAGUGGCCUUCCAUGAUUCUUUGGGGGGUUUGCUUUCUUUCCUGCAGGAGAAGCUCAGAUUGGCAGCAGAAAAUGCCCUUGUAGGAUUGAGACAUUGCCUCUUCCUUCAGUUCCACAAUGGAAGUGCCAAGCCGGGCAGGAGAGCAAGCAGAAAAAGACCCUCACCCCAUGCAGUCUGGAUGCAGUGGGAGAUGCUGGGAAGGGACUGUGCAGAAGAUCCCGGAUAAGGCAAAUACCAGCUCAGACCUUUGGCGCCAGCGGUUCAGGGAAUUCUGCUACCAGGAGGCCAAGGGGCCCCGAGAGGUUUGCAGCCAACUCCACAGUCUCUGCCGCCAGUGGCUGAAGCCGGAAAGGCUCACCAAGGCCCAGAUGCUGGACCUGGUGGUCUUGGAGCAGUUCCUGGCUGUCCUUCCCCCGGAGAUGGAGAACUGGGUCCGGGAGUGCAGAGCAGAGACCAGUUCGCAGGCGGUGGCCCUGGCCGAAGGCUUCCUCCUGAGCCAGGAGGAGGGGAAGAAGCAGGAAGAGGAGAAACAGGUGCAAGGCCCACUCCUGGGGGUCGCCGCUGGUUCCUCCGAGUUGGAGAACGCUCCACACAAUCCCUGUCAGAAGCUGCUCUCUGUUGGCAUCGCCCAGGAGAUUCGAAGUCGGGGCGUUUUGCUGGCAAAGAAUUGGAGGGAGGAGAAAACACCAUCAUUAUUAGAAUGGCAAAUCAAGCUCUAUCUCAGGGUGCUUCACAACAAUUUCAAUGUUUCUGCCCACCACCAUCUCACAGAGAACGAGACGACGUCACUGAUGCUCUUGAAAACAUCUCUUUACGGCGGGUCGGAAAUGGCUGCUAGACCUACUGCUCAGGAGGUGGGAGAGUCCAAACUGGUCCCCAAGACCAAGAAGGCUCCCCUGGAUCCCACACAGAGGCCGUGGCUCAGGUGGGUUGUGGAAGAGGGUGAUGGAGACGCCUCCCCCCCAGGUGGUGAAAUGAUCUUGGAGCUUCAUUCUGGUUCUUCCCAUCUUUGGGAUAGAGCUAAAGCAGUUGAUGUGCAGUCCAUGCAUCAGGGUGUGGUGACAUUUGAAGAAGUGGCCGUGGAUUUCACAGAGGAGGAGUGGGCUCUGCUGGAUCCAGACCAAAAAUGUCUGCAUAGGGAGGUCAUGGAGGAGAAUUAUGGGAAUCUGGACUCCUUGAGGGGUGGGAGAGGAAACAGAGAAGCGUGUGAGCAGCAGAGCAGGAAAACUGAAACAAAGAGGAAGCUUGUUGAUUUCCAGAGCUGUGACUGCUCAGAAAUCCGAGUGCAUGAAGAGCGUUGCCAAGCAAGCAAAAGGAAUAAUAUUCCGCUACGUGAAGAUGGCGCAACUGGCAAAGCGGGCAUUAGAGCACAUCAGAGAAUCCACACAGGGGAGAAACUGUAUAGAUGUGCCGAGUGUGGAAAGAGUUUCACCGAGAGCACAAGCCUAGUGAGACACCACAGGAUCCACACGAGGGAGAAACCAUAUGUGUGUGCAGAGUGCGGCAAGAGCUUCACUCUGAGCACAACCCUGAGAAGGCACUACAGGAUCCACACUGGGGAGAAGCCGUACACGUGCUCGGAGUGCGGAAAGCGCUUCAUCCAACGAACGAACCUGAUCUCCCAUCAGAGGACCCACACCGGCGAGAAGCCCUACCGAUGCUCCGAGUGCGGCAAGAGCUUCAGUACGAACAUAAGCUUGACGUCGCACCACAGAAUCCACACUGGGGAGAAGCCGUACACGUGCUUGGAGUGCGGAAGGAGCUUCACCGAGAGCACAACCCGCACGAGACACCAAAGAAUCCACACGGGCGAGAAGCCAUAUCGGUGCUCCGAGUGCGGAAAGAGCUUCAGCGUUUCUGCGAGCCUCGUGAGGCACUACCGGAUCCAUACUGGAGAAAAGCCGUACAAAUGCUUGGAGUGCGGAAAAGGCUUUAGCAAUAGUGGAAACCUUAAAAAGCACAAGCUUCUCCACACAGGGGAGAAACCCUAUAAGUGUAUGGAGUGUGGAAGGAGUUUUACUCAGAGUGGUAGCCUGACAAUACACUACCGAACUCACACGGGGGAAAAGCCCUAUCAGUGCGCUGAGUGUGGAAAGUGCUUCAGAGUGAGUUCGAAGCUGACUUCGCACUACAGAACUCACACGGGGGAGCCAUAUAAAUGUGCGGACUGCGGGAAGAGCUUCAGCACGAAAGGAAACCUUUGUAAACAUCAGAGAAUCCACACAGGGGAGAAGCCGUAUAAAUGCACCGACUGCGGGAAGAGCUUCAGCAAUAAAGGAAACCUUUGUAAACAUCAGAGAAUCCACACAGGAGAGAAGCCAUAUAUAUGUACAGAAUGUGGGAAGGACUUCAGUGACAGCACAAGCCUUACUUUCCAUAAAAGAAUCCACUCAGGGGAGAAGCCGUUCAAAUGUGUGGAGUGUGGGAAGAGCUUCAGGAUGAGCUCCGGCCUUACCGCUCAUCAGAGAACUCACACCGGAGAGAAACCGUAUGCGUGUGUGGAAUGUGGAAAGAGCUUCCGUGAGAGACCAAGCCUCGCUUACCACAGAAGAACUCACACAGGAGAGAAGCCACAUAAAUGUGCCGAGUGUGGAAAGAACUUUGCCGAAAGGUCAAGCCUGACUUUACACCAGAGGAUCCACACAGGGGAGAAGCCGUACCCUUGUGUGGAGUGCGGAAAGAGCUUCCGGACCAAAGGAAACCUUUGUCAACAUCAGAGAACGCACGUAGAUGUGAAGUCCUAUAAGUGCCGGAAAUGCGGAGAGGCCUUCAACGACAGCGCGAGCCUCGCUUUUCACAAAAGCGUCCACUCGGGGGAGAAGCCGUUUCAGUGCGUCGAGUGCGGGAAGAGCUUCCGGGGCCACUCGAGACUUCUCUCCCAUCAGAGAAUCCACACAGGGGAGAAACCAUAUCCGUGUGUGGAGUGCGGGAAGAGCUUCCGUUGGCUCGAGGUUCUCACUGCUCACAAAAGAACCCACACGGGAGAGAAGCCGUAUAAAUGCAUGGCAUGUGGAGAGAGCUUCAGAAACAGAGGGAGCCUUUAUAAGCAUGAAGGCAUCCACGGGAGGGAGAAACCACGCGCAUCAUCCUUCCCUGACACAACUGCAGAUGCCACGGCACCUGCACAGACCUUCCAUUGCAUGCCCACAAGGGUGUCCCCUCCCCAAGGCACCGUUUAUAUUCUUGUUUUCCCUUGACAUUUCUAGGAGGGCUGGGAAUCCGCCAGUGGCUGAUCCAUUGAAGCUGGGGGGGGAGGGGCGCAGAAGACAAGGGGCGGAGGGGGUCCCUCUGCAAGGAAGCCUGUGCCUCAAACUCCCCUACAUGGCAGCAAGAAUUUUCGACUGCCGGUUUCGCCUGGGGCAGUCUUUUUAAAAUCAUUUUUAUUGAUUUUCCAAUAAAAAACAUCCAAUUAAUAUAUCCAAUCACAAUACUCCAAUUAAAAUUAAAAAAACAAAAAUAAAAAAGAACAAAUUAUAAUCCAAAUUAUAAUUAUUAAUUCUUUGGGGGUCCCCACGGUCUGGAUCUGUAAAGCGUAUCUCCACAUCUCAGUCCUGCCUCUCCUUGUCAUUCCAUAUUUUCCACACAUCGGUUUUGACGUUUUAUAAUUCCCGUCCCUGAGUUUUAUUCUCAGUCGUGUCAAACAUCAUGUACUUUCAUCCGUUGAAUACAGCUUUGUUAGUA